CUCUGCUCAAAACCAUUGCAAACCUUCGCCACAGUCGCCAUUAGAGAGCUAGCUGGGAAGGCAACGACGGGAUUGCGGCUCACAGAGACCACCUUAACUUCCAAAUAUCUCAUCCUUCCGCUCCGCUCCUGCCAGAAGUCAUUGACGAAGGUGAAGCCUAUUCACGCCAUUCUUCCUCUUCGCUUGUUCCGGAUUUAGUACGUCCGCCAAUUGACAGAAUUCAGUAAGUCCCGGAUUUAUCAGGAAUCGGCAUCAUUUUGGGAUUUAAGGGGGCUCAGGAUUUACGGAGGCGUUCUGUGCCGUUUGCCAGGAUUUAGCUUAAAUCCGGCGUAAGUACUGCUUAAAACCGGCUACCAACAGCCCCUAAGUUCUUCCUCGAUGACGACGAUAGUGCCGACAUCGGAGGAAGAUCCUGUAAUCGCUGUUGUGCGCUUCACGUCGGAGCUCGCUUGGGCCGACGCAGGUCCGGAGGUGGCAGAACCUCAGGUUGCCAGGCUAUGCAUUGAGGCUCAAGAAUGCAUGGUGAUGGGUAGGUGGGUGGAUUUGGUUUCUCUUAUGCUUACUUCAGCCGAGCUUAUAACUUCAAGAGUCUCUGAGAAAGAUUUCGAGUGCACCUUCACCGUCAUAUGUACCCUUGCAACAAGAGCUGGUAGUUCAGAUGAAACAUUGGAGAUAGUAAAGCUUAUUUCAACUAAGAUAAUCGACCACCCAAAUGACAAACCCGCUCUACGCUUGAAGAUUUUGUUCAAUCUGUACAAUCUGUUAGAGGAUCCUUACAGCAGGUUCUUGGUUUACAAAAAAGUGCUAACUUUGGCAGCUAAUGGAAAGGUGACUGAGAGCAUCAUUCCUUCAUUUAAGUUGAUCGAUAGUUUUCUACAAGAAUGGAAUAUUGGAAAAGAGGAUCAGAGAGAGCUUUUUUUGGCCAUCUCUAACAUUUUAAAGGAUAGUAAAAACACAUGCAAAGAAUCCUUUGUCAUCUUGUCUAAGUACUUAACUACCUUUUCCACUGAGGAAGCUCUUGCAAUGAAUGAGGAAAAAGAGGAAGCUGUCCGAGCUAUAACAGAGUUUGUGAAGUCUCCAGACAUCUUUGAGUGUGACCUGCUAAAUAUGCCUGCCAUUGCACAAUUGGAGAAAGAUGAGAAUUAUGCUUCGGUUUAUCAGCUACUAGAGAUUUUUCUCACUGGUAGACUUGAUGCCUACUUAGAUUUCCAUGCUGGAAAUUCAGCCUUACUGAGGAGCUAUGGUCUGGUUCAUGAGGAAUGCAUUACAAAGAUGAGAUUGAUGUCUUUGAUAGAUUUAACCAGUAAUGAAUCUGGUGAAAUUCCUUAUACUGAAGUUGUGGAGGCUCUUCGGAUCAAGGAUGACGAGGUAGAAGGCUGGGUUGUUAAAGCAAUAAUGUCGAAUGUUCUGGACUGUAAGAUGGAUCAAAUGAAUCAAGUUGUACUUGUGAGGUAAAAAUUGAAGUUUAGGAGUUUGAAUUGUAGAUACACAGGAAUUGAGUGUCCUUAAAUAGGAUAUCUAUCGCGUCUCAUGCAGUCGGCGGACAGAACGGGUAUUUGGCAUCUCACAGUGGCAAGCACUUCAAUCCAAACUAUGGAAGUGGAGGG